AUUGAUUGCCCGCUUUCAAAGUUCCAACCGUAGCUAUUAGAAAUUAGCGCCCAAAUCUCUUUGUGCUAGACCUCGUUGCCGGGCAUGCACUGUUCACUCGUUUUCGUCUUUUUUUUAGCUUUCGGUUUCUGUGCCGCACAGAACUAUACACUUCCUGAAUGUGCGCAAGUCUGUGCGGGGACGGCUGCGACGGCGGCUGGCUGUUAUUCGUUCUCGAACAGUACAUGCGUCUGUGCCUCCCAGCCCUUUCAAGCAGCCAUUCAGUCAUGCUUCAAUACGAGCUGCAAUAUAACAACCCAAGGCACUGCUUGGCUGUAUUACAGCAACUUGUGCACUAACGGUUCCUCGGCCGGUUCCGGUGCAAGUACAUUCUCAGCCUCAGGCCAGUCUACUACAACCACGAGUGUCAGUGCUGCUACUAGCACUGCACCGGGACCCGUAACCUCGAAUACAUCGUCAACCCACACAUCCUCACUGUCAUCCGUUGGGUCGGCGAGUGUUUCGUCUACUACGACCUCUGCACACGAAACUCCGACAUCAACUUCUGGAGCACUUGCGACUGAAAUCAAGAUGCUACAUGGCCUCAUGGCGCUCGUCGUUGGCGGUGCUCUGAUCUUGUGAUAUGCGAAUUAGAUGUUGGCUAUAGAACCGGAGGCGAUAUCGUGCAGGCGUAGGUAUACAGGUGUUCUUGCAGUCGGAAGCCUUCGAAGGCCCCUGGAGACCGGGGCGAGCCUAACUCAUGGACUUUGUUAUAUAUAUCCAAAAGGACCUUUUGUCGGGUCGUAUCCUAAUAGUAACAGGAUUAAUAUAGCCACGUAUAUCUGUCAG